UGAACUGCAAGGGUAUAUCAACUUCGGCUCCGCCCGAAGUUAGCUUUCCUUUCUUGUUUAUGAAAAUAAAACGGGCUUCCUGGAACAUGCAAUAUUUAUAAACUUGCAAUUUGUAGAAGAAAUUUAAACUGAGAUCAGACUUAAUUAAAUGGAGAAAAAAGGGCUUCAAUCAAAGCUUGUUCCAGGAGCGCCUUAUCCUUUCACACUUUUUAAAUUUAUCCCCAGCAUCCCAUAAAUAUAUUUCAACACUUAGCAACCCCAGACGCAUCUUUCUUUUGGCUUAAAUCCUGCUGUUCUAACAAUGUUAUGGCAUAUCCGACCACUUCAAUGCCUCGCAAGGACAAGACGCAGCCAUCGCACUUACCACAGGGCCUCACCUGCGCAUCGGGCUUUCCAAAAGCCGGCCACUUUUCCGGUGCAGCGGGGUGAAACAUCUCUGGUCCUCGUGGAUGAGGCCCGCCGUUUCAUACAGGAUUGUUUGCUUCGGAUGAAUGUGCCUACCAGCAAAUUGCGUUCCAUUAGCGAGUUCUUGGUGGUCGCCGAUUAUCGCGGAAACUUUGGAAAUGGCCUGAAUCGCUUGGACGGUUAUCUGAGUGAUCUGCAAAUGGGCCAUGCCAGGGCGGACGCCGAGCCAAGCGUCAUCAACGAAACAGCCGCCACCGCCCACGUGGACGGCAACUCCGCUUUGGGCGUCAUUGUGGGGGAUUUCUGCAUGGAUCUGGCUGUUGAGAAAGCCCAGAAAGCUGGCAUAGGCUUCGUGGUUGCCAAGAAUUCCCAUCACUUUGGAAUGGCCAGUUGGUAUGCUUUCCGGGCGGCGGUUCGUGGCUACGCCGGCUUGGUGAUGUCAAAUGCUGUGCCCUCCAUGGUGUCACCGGAUACUCAGGAGGCUAGCAUUGGAGCAAAUUGCUUAGCCUUCUGUGUGAAGGGUGAAAAGUCGCACUUUGCACUGGACAUGGCUGCCAGCGUGCGGGAUUUGGGAGCUAUUGAAUGGGCCUGGUCAACGAACGAGUAUAUACCUCAUGGAUGGGCGGCGGAUGAGUCGGGAUUCUCCACCUGUUUUCCCAAUCUGGCAUUGCGAGCUCUGCGUCUAUUUCCAGCCGGCGGACACAAGGGGUUCACUCUAGCCUGCAUUAUUGAUUUGUUAUGCGGAGUUUUAUCCGACGCCCAAUAUUCCACACAAAUUCCCCAGAAUCAGAGCCAACCUUCAAAUCUCGGCCAGGUUUUCGUUGCCAUCAAUCCUGAGUUGUUUUUGUCCAAUUUCAGGGAGAGAUUAGAUGAUUUUUGUAGUCGUAUUAAAGACAGCCAGGCGGAAAACGAUGCCAACCCCGUCCAGCUGCCCGGCGAAAAUGAACGGGCGCACAUGAACUACGUGGAGGACCUGCGGGCCCUUCCCUAUCCGAACUCCCUACUGGCAAAGUACAAGCUCGUGGCGGAUAAGCUAUGCGUAAAGCCCAUUGACCUGGCUUUCGAUCGGUGUCAGUCCAGGAAGAGCUUCUAGCUCCUUCUAUUGGUAACAUUCUCAUCCUCUUAACAAAGUCGGGAAAAAGGAAUAAAAAACAAAGACACAGAAACACAAGGCUUCUUUCGAGAAUCCUUUAAAAAAGGUAUAAUUUGUUUUAGCAAUAGCUGUACUAAUGUUAAUACAUUAAAAAGCAUAUUAAAAAAAAACCGUUUAGAGGCAUAUUGACCUCAAGGGCUAUGAUGAUUUAAAAAUGGCUAAUGUUGCCCCGUUGUUAAAUAAGUUACAUCAAAUAUUUUCUAAAGAUCUGGCAGCCUUGACUCUUAUACACAUAAAGUUAUAAGACGUAUAAUAAACCAUAAUAUAAUACAAUUAAAAAACAAUGUUCUUUAAUAAAUUCCCAAAUGUAAUGUUUCUUUUUGCCCUAUCGGCGUGACUAACCCGUGUAACUUGAUAAUAUAAUAUAAUUUAAUACAAUAUAAUAUAAUAUAAUAUAAUAUAAUACAAUAUAAUAUAAUACAAUAUAAUAUAAUAUAAUAUAAUAUAAUUUAAUAUAAUAUAAUAUAUACUAUUUAUAAUAUACUAUUCAAAAAUUUCCCUGAACUUUUCCGCCAUCUAUUGGUAAUGAAUUUUUUCCCCAGUUUUCAAACAUAGGGCUUUGACGUGUAAAAAAAAUAAUAUAUUUUGCUUUGAAACGCAAAUAUUCUCUACUUAUGUCACAUAAGUUAUGUGUUUUGGAAAAUGUUAUAUGGAUUCUUGUGAGAAUUUUAUUAUAAAGUUUAUUUCCAAAAAGUUGUGACAAAGAUGUGACAUUUCGAUCAAUCAGUUAUAUAAACAAAUUAAUUGUAAAAAAUUGAAAUAAAAAAAUUGAAAAAAAAUUUAUUUUUCCAGCAGCUUAAUUUGAGAAAUUUUCAACACUUUCAACAGCUUAAUUUGAGAAAUUUUCAACACUUUCAACAGCUUAAUUUGAGAAAUUUUCAACACUAAAACGAAAAUCAAAAUAUAUAUAUAUAUAUAUAUAUAUGUACAGAUAAUAUAUGUAUGUAUAUGCAGAUAAUAAUAACCAGGGAAAUUCUGUAAAAUAGUUGUUGUAAGCUGGACAAGAUUAUGUCGAAGCUUGGACAAGAUUAAUGUCGAAGCUGGACAAUGUGAAAGCUGGACAAGAUUAAUGUCGAAGCUGGGCAGGAUUAUGUGAAAGCUGGAUCGGGUUUUCAGCGCUGGAAGAAAUCAAUUAUAUUAGCAUUUCGAAUAUUAUAAUUCAGCUUUAAACUUACAGAGGUAAAAUAAAACACGAAAGGAAGUAACUUCUCCGUGGGCAAUAUUUUUUCAAAAGUCUUCAUCUGUUGAUAAAAGAAAUAAAUUAAAAUGUAUACAUAUA